GCCAGGGCGCGGCGCAGCCUCCAGCACCCGCGGAACCUGUCGGGCGGCUCACACCGGCCGGGGCCGCCGCCGAGAUCGCACUGCUCCCUCCGCUCCCCACGCUCCUGCCCAGCCAUGGAGCCUCUCCGGGGGGCCGCGCUCCUCCUGCUCCUCUGCGCCGCCGCCUGCGCCCAGCAGAGCCCGUGCAUCUGCGCGAAGAACAAGCGCGUUACUAACUGCCGGAUGGUGGAGGACGUCUGCUGGUGCGACGCGGUGGGCUCCGGUGUCUCCGUCAACUGCAACAAACUGACUUCGAAAUGCCUGUUGAUGAAAGCAGAAGUGUUGGGCUCAAAGUCAGGUCGUCGUGAGAAACCAAAAGAUGCAUUUGAAGAUACCGAUGGCCUCUAUGAUCCCGAAUGUGAAAAUACUGGUGUUUUCAAGGCAAAGCAGUGCAAUGGAUCUACCUGCUGGUGUGUGAAUACGGCUGGUGUCAGAAGAACUGACAAGCAUGAUGCAGACUUGAAGUGCAACCAGUUAGUCAGAACAACGUGGAUCAUCAUUGAAAUGAAACAUGCAGAGAGAAACGCUCCCCUGAACACUGAAUCCUUAGAGAAAUUCUUCAAGGAUACGAUUACCAGUCGUUACAUGCUGGAUAGACGCUAUAUAAGUAAUGUUCUGUAUGAGAAACCCUUCAUUACAAUUGAUCUGAAGCAAAAUUCCUCAGACAAAUCUUCUGGAGAUGUGGAUAUAGCUGAUGUGGCUUACUACCUGGAAAAAGACGUGAAAGGUGACUCCAUCUUCCACAACGACGGACUGAACCUCAGUAUUGACAAUGAAAUGCUGAACUUGGAGAAGACUGUGGUCUACUAUGUUGAUGAAAUAGCACCAGAGUUUACCAUGAAGUCCCUUACUCCUGGCCUGGUGGCUGUCAUUGUCGUAGUGAUAGUGGCAAUUGUGGCUGCAAUUGUUGUUCUGGUCUUCACAAGGAGGAGGAAAGGGAAGUACGUGAAAGCAGAGGUAAAGGAAAUGAAUGAGAUGCACAGAGGACUGAACGCAUAACAACUGUAUUUGCUGAAGGCAGAGUGAGAUUCAAACGAGAAUGAAACAGAAACAUGGCAGGCAUGGAUCUUAACUCCGAAGAGAUUUCUCCUGAAAGAGAAGCAGCUGCACUCACUGAAUGAUUUUUAAAACUAUGACAAGCCAAGGCUGGUAACCAUGCUAGUACUUCUUACUUGAGAGUUCAGUCUUAAAUGCCCCAGCUUACUCAAGUCAAAUGUAACUUGCUCCCUGAUUUUAUUUUUUUAUGGUGAGGAAACGAGCUGACAGCUGCUGUUACUGGGGUUUGGAGCAUAUGUGCUUAAAUAGUUACUGUACCCUUGUGGGAGUUUCAUUGAAAAUAAGUGAUUUUUGUAGCCACGUUGUAAUGAGAUUGUCUCCUGUAGAACCAAACGUGAUGUUUUUAUGGCUAUUUGUACAUAUUUGAAGUUGCUGUAACUUUUUUAUGAUGUGAUUUAAUAAAACUUUGAAACAGGCUUCUAAUUCUUCCAUGUUGAAAUGACAAUCUGUAGUGUAGUAUUUCCUUAAAGCAAGUAAUCUUAUUUUCCACCCUUUGUGUGCCACAGGAGUAAAAUGAUAAAGUAGGGGUUGUUUGUAUUAAAAAUAAACAUGCUGUGACUGUA